AUGGCGGCUGCCGUCUCAGAAGGUCCGCAAACCGACAAGGCGGGCAGGGCGUGCCAAAACCUGAAGAGCGCCUUUGCCAACUCAACUAUUCUCGCGGAUGAUGAAGGUUAUAUGGAGGAAACCCAAGUGCCAUGGUCCGCGAGGUCUUGGCUCGGUCCAGCGUGUAUCUUUGCUCCCACGGACGCAAAUCAACUGUCUUCUGGCCUGAGAUGCAUUGUUGAACAGGAAGUGCAGUUCGCCAUGCGCGGAGGUGGCCACAUGCCCAUUUCGAAUGUUAGCAGCAUUGACACCAACGGUAUUCUGAUAUCGAGCGUGAACAUGAAAACCCUCGCCAUUUCAGAGGACAAGAAUACGGUGUCCGUCGGCCCAGGCCUGCGGUGGACUGAUGUCUACACCGCACUUGACGGGACUGGAGUCACUGUUCUCGGUGGGCGUGGCAGCCCCAUUGGUGUCUCUGGUCUUUUGCUGGGUGGAGGUGUUUCUUUCUUCAGCUACGAAUACGGUCUCGCAUCGACAAAUGGCAACGUCAAGGCGUAUGAGUGCGUCUUGGCUGAUGGAGCCGUCGUGGAAGCCACUCCCACGAAUGAAUAUGCCGAUCUGUUCUGGGCGCUUCAAGGUGGCGGUAACUCAUUUUGUCUCGUCACUCGCUUCGAUCUCCAAACCCAUCAUUCUCCAUCCGUCAUGCUCGCUUCCCCAUCUUAUGGUGGAGAGGAAGUUAAGCAGCAGUUUAUCGAGGGUGUUUACAACUUUACUGCCAAUGGGCACGAGGAUCCCAAGGCUGCCGUCCUGCCUGUCAUCACUUAUGUCAGCGGCACUGAUGGGCCAACGUAUUCGGCAACAUUGUUCUACAACGGAAACUCCACCUCACCGACGAUUCUGGGAGACUUUCUCGGUGAUAUCCUGACUCCGUACAAUAGCUCGAAGUCGCUCUCAUCAUUUCCUAUUGGGAAGUAUAACCAGGCAGUGUUGCCAGCCUUUCAGAAAGGCGGUCGCUCCUACGGGUCGAGACAACGAUUCCACUUGCUCCCAAUCUACGCCAACAAAGAAGCCAUGCUGAUUGCCCAAGACAUGUAUUUUGAGCUUGCAAAGUCGACGUUCAGCAACACCGAAGGAGGAAUCAUCGGCUUUGCUUUCAACCCCAUCACUUCGGCACUUCUCGCGGCGACCAAUGCCCAGCCAGGUGCAAUCCAAGGAAUUGAUGAGUCGCCUUCAUUCUGGAUCGAGCAAACCUAUAGCUGGACAAACGAAGCUGAUGACAAAGUAGUCGACAACUUCAUCAGCGAGUUCAACACCAAGGUCAGGGAGCGCUUGGAGCCAAUGGGUGUGUUGUAUCCGUUUUACUACUUGAACGAAGCAGACAUCGGCCAGCCCGUGUUUGAAAGCUACCCAGAUGGCAACCUUGAUCGUCUGAAGGAGAUCAGGGCCAAGUACGACCCUGGUAGGGUCUUCACUGACCUCAUGUCUGGUGGCUUCAAGGUUGCGGCAGCUUAA